GAAUAGACGCAUGUUCAGUUAACCUCUGUCAAAACAACGGGGUAUGUGAGAAUGUGCUUGGAUUCCCCCAGUGUUUAUGUUCCCAGGGAUUCUCCGGUGAUAAAUGUCAGUAUGAUGUCGACGACUGUGCCAGAAACCCCUGUAAGAACGGUGGAACGUGUGAUGACAGAGUUAAUGGGUUCCAGUGCACGUGUUUAGCGGGCUAUACUGGAACCACGUGUGAAACGGAUAUCGAUGAAUGUACCAGCAAACCCUGUAAAAAUGGUGGGACCUGUGUGGACAAAGUUAAUGGGUUCCAGUGCACGUGUCUAGGGGGAUACACUGGAACCACGUGUGAAACGGAUAUCAACGAAUGUGCCAAUAAACCUUGUAAGAACGGUGGAACCUGUGUGGACAGAGUUAACGGGUUCCAGUGUACAUGUUCAUCAGGCUAUACUGGAAUCAAGUGUGACACGGUCAACUUUGCAUUCGAAGUGAUUGACACGAGGAACGUCACGUAUAAAGGACUGCAGUUAUUGGCUGUCAAGGUCCGCGUACCGGCAAAUGGUAAAAGUGCAUCGACCGAUUGGUGUUACGACUACCGUAAUAUGUGUCAGUCAUUUGGGCGCAGACCAACUGGAUGCCAUGAUGUGUAUUCGUCCUACAUGCCGCCCAACGAUGAGCUGAGUUGCAGCCCUGCUAGUCCUGUUUAUCAUAUAGCUAAUGAUGCUUUUAGAGUCCCCAUAUCCGGGAGCCAGUGUUUUGCUUUUCAUCGCUGCCAGUCUGGGGAUUGCUCCUCGACCUUUGCUUCUUCAGGUGACGCACUUAUGAGCAGCGGAGGCAUCAUGAGCAGUAACGAUCGCGUGGGCUACACUGUGUGCUAUUAA